GCCGCCGCUCCCCCCCCCCCCCGGCCCUAGCCCGGCCCCACCCGCGCCCGGGACAGCGCUGAGCCGGGGCACCGGGCCCGGCCCCGCGCCGCCCCCCCCGGGCCGCCCCCGGGAUGGGGCCCGGUGGCACCGGCAGCGGUUGGCCCCUGGCCGGGACCGUGCUGGUGGCCGUGGCCGCCUCGCUGGCUGCGGGCGGCGAGGACUGCCUGUGGUACGUGGACAGGAACGGCUCCUGGCACCCCGGCUUCGACUGCGACUUCUUCACCUUCUGCUGCGGCACGUGCCACCAGCGGUACUGCUGCCGUGACCCCCUGCGCCUGCUCACUGAGCGCCAGCAGCGUCACUGCCUCGCCUUCAGCCCCAAGACCAUCGCGGGCAUCGCCUCGGCUGUGGUGCUCUUCAUCGCCAUCGUCACCACCAUCGUCUGCUGCUUCAUGUGCUCCUGCUGCUACCUGUACCAGCGCCGGCAGCACCUCCGCACCCCAUUGCAAGGCGCAGAGAUCCCGCUGUCCAGCUACCCCCCUGCAGCCCCCCCAGCCCCCUUCCCCAUGGACCCCAAAGCUGGCCCCGUGCCCCCCCAGCCCGGCUUCGCCCCCAUGGCUGUGUACCCGCCGGCCGGCCCUGCUGCCCAGUACCCGCUGUACCCCUCCGGCCCGCCCGUCUACAACCCCACAGCACCUCCGCCCUAUGUCGCGGUACAGCCCAGCUACCCCGGAGCCUGAGCACCCACGGGGACCCUGGCACCCUCCUCCCACCGCCGGCCAGUGGGGCCGGGCUGGGGACCCUUGUCCCCCCACCCUGGGGCCGGGAGGGUGCCACGGCUGUGGCAGGAUCAGGCCCUUCCCGGCCGUCCCGCGGAUGACCCCGUGCCGGCAGCACAGGGCGGCUCUUGUCCCACACACUGGGCCCUUUGUGGGUGCCUCCAGCCUGGCUCUGGGUGCCAACGGCCCCGUGCACCCAUGGGGGGGAUGCCCGGGGGCCCCCCGAGGGCCGUGCAUCACCGCACCCCUGCACGCCCGCGUCUGGAUUUGGCCUUGGCUCUUCCCUGCCGGGGUCGGCAUUAAACCACGUCUUGUACCCCACA